GCGCAGUCGGCAAUCUGCUCCUGCACGGAGACGCUCGCGAUACCUCUUCCUCCCGCUUCGUUGGUGUCUCCGACGCGCGGUGCGUCCCGGUGAACACCAGGUGGAUUUUUUAAAACAACGAAGCAACGAGAUCCAAAUUUCCCAAUUAAUGAGCGACGAACCUCGCGCCUUCUCACAAUCCCACGAUAAGCCGCGCAAAGCAACUCGAUGAUAAGGGCGAAGCAGAGGAAGACCUGGAUGUGAAGAUACAAGAAUGUAAUGAUCCGGAGAAGCUGAAGACCAUUAUUAUAACCAUCCGUGGACCACGGGCGGUGCACAAUGCUGGUACCGCCUGAUAUGAUUUCAUCCCACUCCAGGAUGGUGUAUCAGUUCAACAAGUAUUUCGGCGAACGGGUGAUGAGUAGGAAGAGUCAGGUGGCGAAGACCAUCCAGGAGGUGUGCCGAGUCGUGCAGGACGUUUUAAAGGAGGUGGAGGUGCAGGAGCCCAGAUUUAUCUCGUCCUUGACAGAUUACAACGGCCGGUUCGACGGCCUCGACGUCAUCUCGCCGACGGAGUUCGAGAUCGUCAUUUAUCUGAAUCAGAUGGGCGUGUUGAACUUUGUGGAUGACGGCACCCUGCCGGGCUGCGCCGUGCUGAAGCUCAGCGACGGGCGCAAGAGGUCCAUGUCCCUCUGGGUGGAAUUCAUCACCGCGUCCGGCUACCUGUCAGCCAGAAAGAUACGCUCGAGGUUUCAAACUCUAGUGGCGCAGGCUUGCGACAAGUGCACAUAUCGGGACUCAGUGAAGAUGAUCGCCGACACUACUGAGGUGAAGCUACGGAUACGCGAACGAUAUGUCGUGCAGAUCACACCGGCCUUUAAGUGCGCUGGUCUUUGGCCCAGGUCAGCCUCCCAUUGGCCGAUCGCACAUAUACCUUGGCCGCACCCAAACAUCGUCGCCGAGGUGAAGGCAGAGGGCUUCGAUAUGCUCUCAAAGGAAUGCAUAGGCCUGCAGGGCAAGCAGUCCGCCAUGGAGGGCGACGCUUGGGCGUUGUCAUUUAUCGACGCGGAGAAUCGAUUGUUACAAGGUGCGAGCAGAAAGCGUUGCCUGAGUAUAUUGAAAACUCUCAGGGAUCGGCAUCUCGAUCUACCGGGAAACCCGGUCACCAGUUAUCAUAUGAAGACUUUGUUACUCUACGAGUGUGAGAAGCACCCGCAUGAAGCGGAAUGGGAUGAGGGUUGUUUGGCCGAGCGAAUAAAUGGCAUUUUUCUGCAACUAAUCUCCUGUCUGCAGUGCCGUAGAUGCCCGCAUUAUUUUCUACCGAAUCUCGAUCUCUUCAAGGGGAAAUCGCCAAGCGGUCUGGAGAAUGCCGCGAAGCAGGUGUGGAGACUCACCAGGGAAUUGCUGACGAACAGUCGCGCGCUCGAGAAACUGUAGUGACUGAUCGUCGUAUGAUUUAUGAACUGAUUUUGCAAUCUUGUCAUGUUUCUAUAAUUGCAGCGUUGACGAUUUCGAUGCCCGAUUAAGAUAUGUCUAAUAAUCAUUAGCCGUGCAAGGAAUGUGCGAGAAUCAUCAUGGAUUAGAGAUUAGUGAGAGAAGCUUUCGAGCUUACGAAGAAGAGGCGUUUCUCUUGGUUCUUGCUAUCUUUAACGCACUGCCGAGUCAUCGGGAAAUUCGAUUUACAUUCUCCUGGAUUUUGCAAAUCUGAAGAUAACAUACGUUUUUCCCGAAGAUAUCUAGUGUGUGCCGGAAAUAAUUUCCGCAUGAUUAAUUACGCGUAUAUGUGAUGUUUGGUGAACCUAACACGUGAUUGCUCGCAGACGAUCGAAUUAGUGCCAUAAUUAAUCUCUUCAACGUUAGAGACAAAUUUUUACUGUUGGCGCGAAAUAUAAAACAAAUAUAUUAUAGCCGCAAAAAAUUAUCAUUCAUCGUCAAUUCGUUGCAUAAUGAUGAUUUGCAACGCUGUGCUGAUGCCCGUGAAACCUUUAAUCUGUGGUGCAGAAAUGUUAUUAUGAACAAAACUACUAUUCUUCGCGAUUAACUCUUUAAGAGCUUCAACUUUACAUCCGAUAAGUAUAUUUGAAGAUAAUGAAAACUCUUUCUUAUAGGCUCCUAUAAGAGAGUCUAUGGCACUCUUUACUUUGACGCUUAUGAUCUUCACAAAUCUUUAAAUCUAAGGUUGCAAGCACUGCCAAAUCAACACUUAAAGAGUUGACGCGAAUCAAUUUUCUUAAUGUUUCCUCGUUAUAUCGAUUAAUAGUUCGUUCUAUAGUUUUUGUGAUCGCGACCACAGUUAAGGGUUCAUCGUUUCUUUCUUAUUAAGUCUCUCGCGCGCCUCCCCCCCGCCUAUGUAAAUAAAACUUGAAAGAUAUUUAUUGAACUGUAACGAAAUGUGAAAUAUAAUAUUAUUUAUA